UAUUAUUAUUUGUUAACACGUCUUGUUGACCAUACAUUUAUUUAAUUAAAUAUUAAUGAAUACUUAUGGGAGAACAGACGAAUAUUGUUUAACUGCAAACCCACAAUUUUAAUCAAAAGCAUGAUAUACAGUAUCCACAAAUAAACUGAAUGCAAUAUACACAUAUGUUCUUUAAAUGACAGUAAUUACACCAAAGUGAUAUGGCUGGGGAAAUAUAUCUCAUUUUCUGUUAAAUGUCGAGUGGUUGCUAAUUAGCCAUUCGUGUAAUUAAAAGUUAAUUUAUUCCUCCAGCAAAAUCAAAUGAGUUGGUUAAAAUAAUUUCCUGUUUUAAGCAUUUUCUUAAUCUAGUGACGUUUCAAUUUUGGACUGGUUGUAGAUGUGAAUCACAUUUGACAGGUUUGUUUAAAGAAUAUGCAUAUCUUUAAAUUGAAUUGUGACAAGCAAUCCAAGUAUCACCACAAAUACAGUGGGUCAGUCCAUUUGUCACAAGUGAAUCUUACCCGCAUGCUCACAGCAACAUUUUAGCUUGCUGGUGUAUUGGCGUAUAUGUCCUUUUGUGAGUUGUCCGUGUAUGUGUGUGCAUGUGUGUGUAAAAAGAUUGGAUUUGAAUAGAGGGACAUUGUCUCAAACGGUGAUGAAUCUGCCGCCGCGUGUGGCUGCGGUCCGAGGUGAGAUUUCAGUGUCUAUUUAGCGUUUAACUGGGUAUCAAAUCUGAUCGCUCUCCCUCUACGGCCCCCUGUGUAGUCGUGAUGUAGUUCUUAUCAAAGCCCUCCUGUCUUGUUGUGACAGCUCUGAUAUUGUUUAUUGAGGUGGAUGUCAGGUUUAAUUAGCAAUCGAUAUGGAAAGCGUUUUCAGACCACGUCUCUGACGUCAGCGCCGAUUAACGCUUCUCAUUGGUCUCAAAUUCCCAGAGCCGAAGCUAAUUAUUGGAAGCUUCGUGUUGAUAAAGAACAGCUCAUCCUGCUCCCCACAUCAUGUCCCCUCCUCGCUGGCCACUCGCGCUGCAUGUGUUUUAAAUUCACAUCACCGACCACCAGACGUCGUUUCCUUUUGCCUGGGAGAUGAUGGACAGCAGGAUACUGGAUCCACCUCAUGCCCAGUUCGGAGGCUCCCUCGGUGGGAUGGUGAGCUUUCCGUACCAUCUCAGCCACCAUCAUGUUUACGAAUUAGCCGGUCAUCAACUUCAAUCUACGGCCGCGGUUCCUUUCUCGAUAGACGGAUUACUUAACGGCUCGUGCACAGCGUCCGUGGUUAAUUCUAACCCGCUCUUGUCGUCUGGCUGCGGUAUGAAUGGAGAUAACCAACAGUACAAACUGACAGAUUCGGGGGAUCCAGAGAAGGAUAGCCCGGGUUGUAAAAGAAGACGAACUCGUACCAAUUUCACUGGCUGGCAGCUGGAGGAAUUAGAGAAAGCUUUUAAUGAAAGUCACUAUCCAGAUGUGUUCAUGAGGGAAGCACUUGCUCUGAGAUUGGAUUUAAUAGAAUCAAGAGUGCAGGUGUGGUUUCAAAACCGCAGGGCAAAGUGGAGAAAAAAGGAGAACACGAAAAAGGGGCCGGGGCGACCUGCACACAACUCCCAUCCGACGACCUGCAGCGGCGAGCCCAUGGACCCGGAGGAGAUUGCCCGCAGAGAACUGGAAAGGAUGGAAAAAAAGAAAAGGAAACAAGAAAGAAGGCUUUUAAAGUCCCAGAACAAGCUCCUUCCGGGGGACUUAUUUCACACCCCAGGAUCUGACAGUGACAGUGGCUUGUCACAAAUAACAGACAGUGAACAAAGUAUCCACUGCGACCUGGUCCGAAACCAAACGCAACAAAGCUGUGACCAAACACCACAGAAACUCCAGAACCAAAGAAACACAGAGAACGACGCGAGUGGGUCCGAGCUGGACUCAUCGGACAGUGGUCAUCAGUCAAACUUGUGCACUAAUAGCAGGUCUUCCACUCUUCAAAAACCCAGUCCCUUUAGUGUGGAAAGCCUCCUGUCGGACUCCAGGCCUCGGCGCAAGCCGCACAUGGACUUUCCUGUACCCGCUCCACGGCCUUUGAUAGGGAAAGGACAUUUUUUACUUUACCCCAUUACACAACCACUAGGUUUCAUUGUACCACAGACAGCUCUAAAAACAGCAACACCAAGCCAUGAAAAUACUGAAAAUGGACACAAAGGGCCAGCUACGGACAAUAACUUUGGAAACCCAGGACACAGGAACAGCAAGGAGAACAACAAUGUAAACAACACCGGCGCUCGGGCAAUCAAAGGCCAGGUCAGUCAGUCGGCCAACAUAACGUGUUCACCACAGAGCAGUCCAACACAGACUACCAUUAAUGGUCAUUCUGCGGGCAGCUGUAAUGAAAGAUGCCCACAAGACAUAAAGUUAGACCUCACCGACCCAAAAUCUCCACAGUCAGAGAAGAAGGAGCAGUCGUUAUCAGACUAUCCACCACAGAAUUCAAAAUCAGCAACAACCAGCAAGGACACCGACAAAGACUCAGUUGAUGUCGAUAUGGAAUAAAUUAAAUUAUAGUAGAAAACGAGGUGCGUGUCGAUAUCGCGUGACACUCCUUCAAAGAUUAACCGAAGAGGAAAAAAGUCGACAUAUCGAAACGUAUCGUUUUCAUUGAAUAUUUAUAUUCUGAUUAGGGGAAAUAUCUGUGUGAAUAAUUUGUGUAUGUGUGUGGUGGGCUAUCAAAUGUUUAUUGAACAAAUAGCAGCAGCUCCCCUGUAUAACAGACUGUAAAAACAAAAACCAAGACAAAACCUCAAACGUUGUAAAAAGUAUUAAGAUAUUUAUAUAUGUAAGUUUUUCAUAAAUAAAUCGAUUGUAUACAACAAACAUAAGCGUGCGUAGCCCUAAAUAGAGCUUAGGUUGUGGGGUAUAGCUCAUUUUCUUCAAGCUCUGUGUUGUAUUUUGUGUAUUGCUUUAACAAAUUUAUUCAUCUAUAAGCUACGCUGAAAUGAGGUUACGAGCCGGAGGCGAAAAGACCCGUUCGACUCCUGCAGAGUUUUGAUAUGAAAGUAAUUAUUUUCCCGGUGGCUACUGCAGGGAUUCAGUUUAUUUUAGCCCAAAGGGUUAUAAUACAUUACCGAUUUCUAGUGAUAUGAAAUCACAUAAACUUCCAAGAAUAAUAGAAUUAGCAUGAAAGGCUGGGGUGUCAAAUUGAAAUACGAAAAUAAUAGCCCCGGCAGCUGGGAGUGUGUUUGUGCAUAUUGGAUAGGAGAUGGGAAUUCGUGGGGCGGAAUUUUCAUGAGCUUUUCACUUUGUCAGGGCCCUUGUAGCCGGCUAUAUUAAGAUAGAUGUUCGAUGAUAUCCCUCAUUGUUCUGUCGCUUAUAUUGAUGUUCCUGUGUUAUCAGCCUAUUGAUCAUGCGUCGGCUGUAAUAGGACGGGCGAAGCAAACGUGCCUAUUUACAAUAGCAGAACACAUUUGUUCUAAUAGGGUUGGCGGUCCCAUGGGACCCUGUGGGGGCUCCCAGACAUCUGCGCCUUGACAAUAUUAGCAAUGUUGACCAGAUCUAAAGCCGAGGUAAGAAAACACAAUAAAAUAAUAGAAUUCUGAUCAUUUUCACUGAUAAAUAUAAGUGACAUAUAUCAAUAAUUAAUUACCGUUUUCAAUAUCCAAGGUUUUUAAUUUGCUCACACAGGUGCGUUUAUUGUUAUUUUUUUAUGCAUCCCCUAGCCCUCUCACUUCCAGUGGGCCUUGAUUUGCAAAUAAAUUGAAAAUAAUAAGUGAGACCGGCGCAAAUGAAUUUCUGAACCAGUGUCUCUUUCAUAAUAUUUGCAUAAUUUUCACUAGAGACAGACUUAAAACUCAGCAUAUG